UAUCCGGAAGCAUAUGAGGAAUUCAAGCAUGUUCUUCUCGCAUUUAUUUAUGACAAGGAUGAUAAGACUUCUCCCAUGGCGAAUGAGGUUGGGGGCUUCAGAAUCAAAGCCAUAUCAAUGGAAUUAACAUGGACUGGAAUUAGACUGAAAGAGUUUCAGCCAUCUUGCUUUGAGAAGGUAAGUAUCGUACUUAGGAAUCUUUCUUGCCUGAUCAUGACUGUGUCUGUGAAACACCGUCUUAAAACCAUCAACCUUAGCAAGUGGUGUGACCAAUACACCUUCCUCUUCAUUGAAAUCUUCAAGCACUUCCACCAUAUCAUACUUAUGUAUAACUUCAUCUGGAGUAUUUUCAUCCCAAUCAGGAGCCCAGUUUCUAUAGAGAGCCCAGACUUCUCCCUUCCCAGGAAAGAUGUGAAGAACUCCUCUGGCGCCUUUUGUCCACCUUACCUUGAAUAA